CCUUUGCUUGCUAGGUGUUGGCCAUGGAAGAGAGUGGGGCAUGUUCAGGAAAAGGACGGUGCCAUGGCAUCUGAAUCCAAAUGCUGAUAACCACCGUUACCCCUUUUUUUCACUUUAAAGAUCAAACCUUUUUCUUUUCAAAUACCAAACCCAACCAACGCACAAACCCACCUUAACAAGCUUUAGUUUUCUUGGUCCGUAUUCUUCUUCUUCUUCUUUAAUCCAUUCCCUUUUCAUUCUCCAUACCAUAGAUCUUCAUUUUCCAAUUCCAAACAAUUUCCGUUUGCUGGUGGUUGUCUACAAUCUGCGUCAUGGAAGGUGUUAUUGUGAGAAGAGUUAUUCCUUCAGAUAACAGUUGUCUGUUCAAUGCAGUUGGAUAUGUAAUGGAUCAUGACAAGAAGAAAGCCCCUGAGUUGCGACAGGUUAUAGCUGCAACAGUGGCAAGUGAUCCACAGAAAUAUUGUGAAGCAUUUCUUGGGAAGCCAAAUGCAGAAUAUUGUAACUGGAUUCUUGACUCAGAGAAGUGGGGAGGUGCAAUCGAACUUGCAAUAUUAGCAGAUUAUUAUGGACGUGAAAUUGCAGCAUAUGAUAUCCAGACAACUCGAUGUGAUUUGUAUGGUCAGGAAAGUAACUACUCUGAAAGAGUGAUGCUAAUUUAUGACGGUCUCCACUAUGAUGCAUUAGUGAUGUCUCCCGUUGAGGAUGCUCCUGAAGAGUUUGAUCAGACCAUAUUUGCGGUUCAGCCGAACAGAAGCAUUGGACCUGUGGAGAGGCUUGCUCUAAAUUUUGUGAAGGACCAGCAGAGGAAACGGAGUUACACUGACACUUCCAAGUUCACUCUGCGCUGUGGGGUAUGCCAAAUUGGAGUAGUUGGCCAAAAGGAGGCAGUUGAGCAUGCACAGGCCACUGGUCAUGUUAACUUUCAAGAGUAUAGAUGAUGCACACUACAUUGAUUUGAAAGAGAUACAGAUGUAUGUGCAGUGGUUGAUUUCAAUGACCUAAACUGAAUAAUUUCUGCAUGUGCCAAUUUCUGUUGUAAUAUUAUUAGCUUUUUCUCAAAUAAGUUUCAUUUAUUUUCCUUUA